CGAUUAUUGUCUCUUUCUGGUCACGUGUGAUUCUGCUGCAGUCUCAAACAUGACAAAGUUCUCCAAAUGCGACUCCGGAGUGCCACUAACAAGGAGCACAAGAAUAACGUUGGAUAAAUUAAGAUGACCAUCGUACUGUGCAAUCUUCCCAAAUGCGAUUGUGGAUCUGUAGUUUUAACAGAACUUUCCCCGAUCUUGUCUCCUUUGUUUCUGGAGUGCACGCCCCUCCCAGGGUGGACCCCCGUCUAGAAAGGGACGAGAUGAGCAGUGGCGCUGCUGCAUGAGAUGGGACAACGCCUCCUUCCCACUAGCUGUACUGAGCUUGGUCAAGCGUUAACGAGGCGAUGUCGGACUUGUCGUCGAAAACUACUGUGGAAGUACAAGGACUUGAAUGCAGCACGGAGAGAGAGAGAGAAUGAGAGAGAGACCAGAUGAGCCUCACUGAACAGCAACCGGGUCCUGUUUCAAAUACACACACACACACACGCAUACACACUCCUACACACAACCCAUGCAACCCAGCGUCGGUCCGAACCGCCGGCGGCAGCCCCUCACCGCUCCGCCGAGGCACGAAGCCCGCCGGGAGACGACGACAACCGGGAGAAGACCCUUGCUGCCUCCGCGCCACCCGGAGGAGCGGCAGAUGGCGGGAGGGGGCGAAGGAGGAUCGGGGGCUUCUUUUGGGAGGUGCUAGAGGAAGGCGAGAGCGAGGGGAGCGAGGAGCCGCUGCUGCUGGCUGAAGAAGAAAUCGAGAACAUCAUCAGACAGCAUCGGAGCCGCUCGCAGAUGUGGAAGCACCGCCGCUCAAGUUCCCGUCCUGGGUGUUUGGCCCAGUGAUUGUAGCCCAGAGAGGAGGCGGAGGAAGCAGAAAGGGGCGCCAUGGGGUUCUGCCUCUGCCGGAAUGUGUGGCGGCUCAUGCCGUUCUUCAUUCUGCAGGUGAUGGUCAGUGUGUGGCCCAUCCAGGGUCAAGUAUGCCCUCAGCGGUGCGAGUGCAGUGCUAAGCUCAAAACAGUAUCGUGCCACGGGAAGCGACUGUCUACGCUGCCCGAAGGUAUCCCACUGGACACCACGAUCCUGGACCUGAGUGGGAAUAAGCUCCGCUGGGUAGAGCAUGCCGACCUUCUUCCCUUUCCUCACGUGGAGAAGUUAGAUCUCGGUGAGAACAUGAUCAGCGUCCUGGAACCUAAUGCUUUUUCUAGUCUCCAGAGCCUGCAGUCGCUUUCGCUGAGGGGUAACCAAUUAAAACUGAUCCCCAUGGGGGCUUUCUCACACCUUUCCAACCUCACAUCUCUGGACCUUAGUGGGAAUAAGCUGGUGAUUCUGUUGGACUUCACUUUUCAAGACCUGAAGAGCCUGAGGAACCUGGAAGUUGGGGACAACGAUCUUGUGUAUAUCUCCAACAAGGCCUUUUUGGGUCUGGUCGCACUGAGAGAGUUGACCAUCGAGAGGUGCAACCUGACUUCUGUAUCCAGUCAGUCUUUGUCGUACCUCCACAACCUGGCAACCCUGCGGCUGCGCUACCUCAGCAUCUCCACCUUAGAGGACCAGAACUUCCGUAAACUGGGAAACCUGCGAGGACUGGAGAUUGAUCACUGGCCCUUUUUAGAAUACAUCACCCCCCACGGCUUGCAGGGUCUCAACCUAUCGUGGCUGUCCAUCACACACACCAACAUCACCUCUGUACCCACCUCGGCCCUACGAAGCCUCUCCCACCUCACCAGCCUCAACCUAUCCUUCAACCCUAUUUCGGUCCUUGAGUCCUGGUCACUGCGAGACCUGAUCCGGCUGAAGGAGCUUCAUCUGGUCGACACCAGGCUCCAGACAGUGCAGCCCUAUGCCCUGGGUGGUCUCCGUCAAAUCCGCCUGCUCAACCUCUCCAACAACAACUUGGUUACCCUGGAGGAAGCAGCUUUCCAGUCUGUCAACACAUUGGAAACACUCCGUUUGGACAGAAACCCUCUCGCCUGCGACUGCCGCUUGCUGUGGAUCCUUCAGCGCAGGAAGACCUUGAAUUUUGACGGCGCUUCCCCGGUGUGCAUGACCCCCGUGGAAGUGCAAGGCCGGGCUUUGGGCGACUUCUCGGACGCAGCCCUCUUUGACCAUUUCACCUGCCAGAAGCCCAAAAUCCGCAACAGGAAACUCCAGCAAAUAUCGGCUCGCGAGGGGCAGGUGGUGUCAUUUGUCUGCAGAGCGGAGGGCGAACCCACGCCGGUGAUCUUCUGGAUAUCUCCGCAGCGCCGUCGCAUCACCACAAAGAGCAACGGCCGCUUGACGGUCUUAAAGGAAGGCACGUUAGAGAUCCGGUACGCCCAGGUGAUGGACACCGGAACGUACAUCUGCAUUGCCAGUAACGCCGGAGGGAAUGACACAUACUUUGCCACACUCACAGUCAGCGGGCUGCCACUGGACGCCUCCCUCAUGGCCAACCGCACCUACUACACCGGGGACCUCAACGACACCAACCUGAAUGACACCAGGGUGUUCCUGAAGUUCACUCUGGACCUGAAGACCAUCCUCAUCUCCACAGCGAUGGGUUGUAUCAUGUUCCUGGGGGUAGUCCUCUUCUGUUUCAUUCUGCUCUUUGUGUGGAGCCGUGGGAGAGGACAGCACAAAAACAAUUUCUCUGUCGAGUACUCUUUCAGGAAGGUGGACGGGCCAGCCACCAGCGGAGGGCAGGGGGGCGCCCGCAAGUUCAACAUGAAGAUGAUUUGAUCCUGCUGGAGAGCGUCGACACUUUUCUUGUCGUACUUCUACUUUGGACACCUGAAGGACGACUACCUUGCUUGAGCUCACUUCAGAUAUAAAUGUUGAGAGUACACGAGUCCCCCCCAUAACCCCCCCACACACUUAAUUGUAUGGUGUUCUUUCCCUAAUGCAGUUUUUAAAUGUCAAGGACAUUAAUCAGUUGCUUUUUGCGCUUGCACCAUUUAACACAUACCUGCUGACAUUUUGGGAGGAAAAACAGACUUGACUAGAAACUAUUCAGAAUCCACAUCCUGGUGUGCUCCUACGAGAUUGUAGUUGACUUUCUCACGAGAAGUAAAGAUGAGGAUCCAAAGCGACCUCUUAAGCACGCUACAUAUUGAAGACUGACUUUUUGAACUUGUUGUCUAUGUUCUGUCCUGGCAUAACUGGAAACGGAAACCAAUGAAAAGGUUGGGUCCUGCUAGGAUUCUGGCGAAGGUCUCUGCUGCCGAGACUGAUCUCCCACUUUCGACUACAGACGCCCACGAGCCAUCGAACACAGUUCCGGGGGUCCUCGCUUCACAACAGCUGACAUACUUACAUGUUUCCGGGAUAUGAACGAUGCGCAAUGUGCUAGCUCGCGCGGCGGUCGAAGGAUAAGCUAUCACACUCUGUUCCACCUGCACUCACUGUUUUUCAUUUGUUUUGUAUUUAUUUUGUCGAUUAUUUUUUAAGUAAUUGUGACUUAAAUAUUGUAUUCAUGUAUCUUAUUCAUGGAGAAUAUCGCGUGCCGGCUUACAUACAAAGUCAGGUUAUUCUGCCACCGUAAGAACGAAAAUAAUGUAAACAGAGCACCACUGAAUUUUUUUUUUUUUUUUUUAAAUGUUGAUAAUCAUGUUUUUGUAAGGUUUUGAGCACAUGACGGAAAAGAAUUAAAAAAAAAGUGGCUAAAUUUAGCCAUAGCCCAGGAAUUAUGGAAAUUACACAGUCAAAUUUCAUCAUUUCCUUUUCGUGGACAGAACCUGAACAUGUACUUCAACCCACCGUCUAUCACGGAAGUACUUUUGGCUCAUGAAUAUAAAAUAAUCCUGUGAAAAUGGAUAAGUGUGGCGGUAAAUAAGCUUUCCUUUCGAGGAGACAUAUUUUUAACAUCGAUACGCAAACGAGCGCAUUGCGUGCUGUUGGCAACCUUGAACGCUUGCAAGUCCUGACAGUUGCAAAUCGAGCUUCAUAAUAAAUGAAGAACUCUUUUUUUCCAGAACAAGAUAAAAACCACAUUUUAAAUGUGUUCUAUGCUGUCGUGCCAUCCUUGCGUUGAGGAGUCUAUUUGAAAAAUUUUUUUUUUUUUUUAAUAUGUUCACGCUGAGCCAUGUCAUUGUUUUAACAGGACAGCAUUUGCGGAUAAACGUCAAUUCAUCACAAUUCUCCAAAUGGACUUACAAUUGGAAAAGAGCCCCCAAAUGCAUUAGAUGUGUGUGGGGGCGGGGGGGUGUCAAACUCAUUUUUGUCACAAGUUACGGUUUCCCUCAGGGCCGUUGUGAAAUCAUCAAAUCUUUAAUAGUCUCAUUAUAUUUACACAUGAAAUAUGUGAACUAGUUUUGGAAUCAAAAAUCAACGGUAAUGUUUUGGGUUUUUUUUUUUUUUGCAACUGUUGUUCAUGUUUGGUUACGCAAGCAAUAUCUCCAUUUAUGAUUCAUCCCAAGCUCACAUUAUUUAUAUAUAUAUAUGAGGCUUCAUUUUAUCUUGGUCAUAAUUCCACUAACUGUGUUUUGAGGAAGACGAAUGAUGAAUUCCAUCCCAAGAACACCAUCCCUACUGUGAACCAUGGGGGUGGUAGCGUCAUGCUUUGGUGGCGCAACUGUAAAGUGUUGGCCUCACAAUUCUGAUAUCCAGGGUUCGAUCCCGGCCCGUACCUGCGUGGGUUUUCUCUGGGCACUUCGGUUUCCCUGCCACAUCCCAAAAACAUGCAACAUUAAUUGGACACUCUAAAUUGGUCCCUGGUAUGAUUGUGAGUGCGACUGUUAUGUCCACAUGUGCCCUGUGAUAGGCUGGCAACCAGUUCAGGGUGUAACCCCGGCUCUCGUGCCUGUUGACAGCUGAGAAUAGGCUCCAGCACUCCCCCUGACCCUUGUGAGGAUAAGCAGCAAAGAAAAUGGAUGGAUGGAUAAAGAUCUUGAACAAGAAUCAUGGACGUUGACACAUAAUUUGCCUUCGCGGGCCACAUAAAAUCAUGUGGCAGGGCUGGAUCUGGCCCGCGGGCCUUGAGUUUGACGCCUGUGCAUUAGAACAAUGAGAAGAGCGCGUCCAGCAACAAUAUUGUUUGAGUCAUUUCAGUAUAUUUGUGACCUUUUAUGUAAGAGAAAGUUUCAAACCCAAUGAAAUUUCUUGACUAAAAUUUGAAGCGGCUCGCUGGGCUUUUCUGAGUCGAGCUCAGAACAUCGGAUCGGUGUCAUUUGUGACGGGUUUCCGCUUGGUUGUUUUUCAGAGAGUAUCGAUAAACUUGGAGCCGCGCUUUCUUCAUUUUAUUUUAUUUUUAACGAACGGAUGUUUUGAAAAUAACAACCCCCACACAACUUAAAAGUAGCAAUUAUUUCCAGUGCAGCACGUCUGUCAUAUUUGUGGAGCGCAAAGUGCGCGCAAACCAAUUUAAACAUAACAGUCCAGUUCACACAAUAACAGCGCUUAAAUGUUUUGUCGGGGGAAACGCAGACAUUGGUAAUUAAUUAUUUCCAAAUUCAUUGUGACGCUGGUCGAUAAAUGGCAAAGACUUUUCAAAUGAUUUUUGUUUUUUCUUCUUCAAGUGACUUCCCAUCAGGUUAAUAAGUGAGGGAUUAUUUUGUUGAUGGUGGCAUUUAAUUCUAAUGUAGCCAUGCACACCGUUUCUGCAAAUACUGUGUGGUAUUCACAAACUGUUUAUUAUGAAGGUGAAAUGUGUUAUUUUUUCCACCAUUGAAAUAGUUUCCAGGUGUCAUAAAAGGUCUUUGGUGGGAAAAACUCCCAAUGAUAAUGAAUUAGAAGACUUGUGAUGAGUCAGUUUUGGGUGGGUGGGUUGGUUGGGGGGGGUGUUCUGUUUUACGCAAAUGCGCUUUGAGACUUUCGUUAGCAUCAUGAUGGGGGCGGAGUUAGGGCGUUGCAAAAAAGCAAGCGGCUGCUCAGUUUUGCCAACUGAGUGAGUUUUUCCGUAUAUCCAUCCAACCAUUUUCUUCACCGCUUAUCCUCACGAGGGUCGCGGGGAGUGCCGGAGCCUACCCCAGCUGUC